AUGGAUCCGGAUAGUUUGGAUGUUAGACGUGAGAAAGCUUAUCAAUUUGCAAUUAUCACAGCGCUUAUCAUUUCCAUACUACCAUUUGUAACAUUCAUUACACUAAUACCAACUGUACAUCAGUAUAUCGAUGAUAUCAAUCAUCAGCUACAAAAUGAUUUAUUUUUUUGUGAGGAAACUGCGUUUAACCUUUACGACUACACAAAUAUGAAUGCGAAUUAUCACGGUGAUAGCAAUGAAACAGGAAAUACAACAAGCGGUAUUGUCAAACUUAACACCAUUUUCGAGUACCUGAAUUGCUCCCAGAAUUAUGAGAAAUGUCAGGAAAGAUGGCGACAAGCUAAUCGAAAAGUUCGCAAUCUAGCGAUUAAAGUGCCAACAUCAGGAACUUCUCUCUUCAAGCACUCAUCAUCAUUAUCAUUAUCAUCAUCAUCAUCAUCAUCAUCAUCGGAUACAGUUGAACCGAAACAAACAUUCAUACAAAAUAUCGGUCAAUCAAAUGAAGCAAAAAUAGCUGAAACUAAUUUCAAACAAUCUAUUAUUAGCAAAAUAACUAAAGAUUCCGAUGGUGCUGGUAUGGUAGCCACCAAAUUUGGUGACAAUGCACCGCUUUUCCGUACUUACAGAUUUAUAUCAUCCACUACAAACUAUCUUCAAGAAUUAUCGGUGACAAAUGCACCUGUGACAGAAAGUAUACAAAGUAACAUAAAUAGCAAUGAUCGAGAAUGCAGCUGCUCUGCUUUACCUGGGCCUAAAGGUUUACCUGGCCGAAAAGGACUUAAAGGUGCUCCAGGUACACAGGGAGCUCCUGGAUUUCCGGCACGUAUACCAUGUGAACCACCAAUUGACAUGAAAAAGAUGUGUGCUGACCCAUGUCCAGUUGGUAAACAAGGGAAACAAGGACCAACGGGUCUCCCAGGAGAUAAAGGUGCAACAGGAAUCCCUGGUGUUCAUGGCAAAAAUGGUGAGGAUGGGAAAAUUGGUCCACCAGGACCAAGAGGCCCACCAGGAAUUCCAGGAUUGGACGGUGAUACAGGCGAUCCAGGGAUCGAUGCAACACCAACACCAUUCAUUCCAGGACCUCCUGGUCCAGCUGGCGAAACUGGGCCAACUGGACCACCUGGGCCACGUGGAAUGCCUGGAAUUGAUGGACCACCAGGACCAACAGGUAAACGUGGCACACCAGGUGAAGAUGGGUUACCCGGAAAUCGAGGAUCACCCGGAUUACCGGGACCAAUCGGAAAAACUGGACCAGAUGGAAAUGUUGGAGUUUGUCCAACAUACUGUGCAACAGAUGGUGGUGUGUUCUUUGUCAAACCACCAGAAUGGUUUGAAGAUUGA